ACCAUAAUGAAUUUUAUUUUUACGAUUAUUACUAUUAUUAUUAUUAUUAUUAUUAUUGUCAUUAUUAUUAUUAUUAUUAUAUUUGGACCAUUGAAAAAUGCUUGUCCCUAAGAAACACCUAAAUAAAUAUCCAGUUCAUGAUGGUGUUGGAUUUCAAAACGUUUUUUUCUUGUUUCAGAUUACAAUCCAAGAUGAAGUGCCAAUAACCUUUUCCUGUGUAAGAGUUACAUCAGUAUACUGGAUGUAGCCGCUCACAGUGCGAAAGGUGGUAGCUCCUCACCACUUCAAAUCUGCGAGAUGUCUCCAAUUACAGCUUUUAUCUCACUAGCUCUUGUAGCAUGGUGUCCAUCUGUGGCCGAGCCAGCUACAGAGUUCGUGGAGGCUUCGGAUGGAAGUGCUGCCUCCUUGCCAUGCGACCUCACUUCUGUAACAUCUCCUGAUCGGCUGGAGGUCGUAUUAUGGUACCGCGGAUCAGAAGAGGCGCCCAUCUACAAGUACGAUGCGAGGAAUGCGGGACAUCCACAACACUGGGCACAGCCGGAACUUCAAAACAGAUUCUUCUUAAGAAUUUUAGACGAUCGGAGAGCUGUGAUGAGCAUAUCGCCAGCAAAACAAACUGACGAAACGAUAUUCCACUGCAAAGUUGACUUCAAAAAAUCACCUACCAGAAUUACACACGUUAACCUAACUAUUAUAGGUAAGUCAAAGCUGAUAUAGAAUAAUAAAAACAUG